GCACGUGCGCCCCCCGUCUCUAACCUGCGCGCUGAUGGGAGCAUGAUCUGUGCCCAGGCCGGAGCUGCCAAGAAUCUGUACCAGAACAGGUUCUUAGGCCUGGCCGCCAUGGCAUCUCCAUCUAGAAACUCCCAGAAUCGACGCCGGUGCAAGGAGCCGCUCCGCCACAGCUACAACCCAGGCCAGUACCACAGUGUGGCCAUCAGGACUGGCCCCCAUGGUGCCGUCACCAUCCCCCGCUCCACCAGCGACACCGACCUGGUCACCUCGGACAGCCGCUCCACACUCAUGGUCAGCAGUUCCUACUACUCCAUAGGGCACUCACAGGACCUGGUGAUCCACUGGGACAUCAAAGAGGAAGUGGACGCUGGGGACUGGAUCGGCAUGUACCUCAUCGAUGAGGUCUUGUCGGAAAACUUCCUGGACUAUAAGAACCGUGGAGUGAAUGGCUCUCAUCGGGGCCAGAUCAUUUGGAAGAUUGAUGCCAGCUCCUACUUUGUGGAACCUGAAACUAAGAUCUGCUUCAAAUACUACCAUGGAGUGAGUGGAGCCUUGCGAGCCACCACCCCCAGUGUCACUGUCAAAAACUCGGCAGCUCCUAUUUUUAAAAGCAUUGGUUCUGAUGAGACCGUGCAAGGGCAAGGAAGUCGGAGGCUGAUCAGCUUUUCUCUCUCAGAUUUCCAGGCCAUGGGGUUGAAGAAAGGGAUGUUUUUCAACCCAGACCCUUACCUGAAGAUUUCUAUUCAGCCUGGGAAGCACAGCAUCUUUCCUGCCCUCCCCCACCACGGACAGGAGAGACGAUCCAAAAUCAUUGGCAACACUGUGAACCCCAUCUGGCAGGCCGAGCAAUUCAGCUUUGUGUCCUUGCCCACUGAUGUGCUGGAAAUUGAGGUGAAGGACAAGUUUGCCAAGAGCCGCCCCAUCAUCAAGCGCUUUUUGGGAAAGCUAUCAAUGCCUGUUCAAAGACUCCUGGAAAGACAUGCCAUAGGGGACAGGGUGGUCAGCUACACCCUUGGCCGUAGGCUUCCAACAGAUCAUGUGAGUGGACAGCUGCAAUUCCGAUUUGAGAUCACUUCCUCCAUCCACCCAGAUGAUGAGGAGAUUUCCCUGAGUACCGAGCCCGAGUCUGCGGAAAUUCAGGACAGCCCCAUGAAUAACCUGGUGGCAAGCAGCUGUGGGGAGCCCCCUUGUGAUGCAUCAGAGCCCUCAGGGACCCCAAAGCCUGAGCAGCCCAGCCAGGGCAGCACUGUGGGCCCUCCAGGGAUCGAGAGCCUGGAGCUUACCAGUCUGGUUGAGGCAGCGCCAGGUACCACCGAGGCAGGAGAUGAUGGCACAGUCUCCGUGGGGCCUGAGGGGGCUGGGGAGAUGCUGGCCCCCGGGCCAGAGGACACAGAGCCCGCCUUAAGUGCAGAAGAACUGGCCGAGCGGCUGGACCUGGGAGAGGAGGCGGCCCUACCGGGGCUGCUGGAGGACGGUCAAGCCCCGAGCAGCCCUGGGGAGCCGGUGGCUGAGGAAGGGGCCACAGAGAGCCGGGCUGGGGGGCACGAGGAGGAGAAGGAGCAGGUGGAGGAGGAGGAGGGGGGCAUGUCUGCCCUGGGGCAGGGGGAGGACAGGCUGCAGCUGCGGGCGUCGGUGAAGAGGAAAACCAGGCCGUGCUCCCUGCCUGUGUCCGAGCUGGAGACGGUGAUCGCGUCCGCCUGCGGCGAGCCGGAGACGCCGCGGACCCACUACAUCCGCAUCCACACGCUGCUGCAUAGCCUGCCCUCGGCGCAGGGCGGCAGCGCGGACGAAGACGACGGCGCCGAGGAGGAGCCCACCCUCAAGGAUGCCUCGGAGAAGGAUGCGCUCAGCGAGGUGGACACGGUAGCCGCGGAGCCUCCUCCCCUGGAAGAGGAUGGAGAGGCCCCCGAGGGGGCCACUCCAGGCACGGCUCCGCUCGGCCACUCGGGCUUGGCCAACGGCUCAGCCCCGGAUGGCGACGCGCUCCCCAGCACGGGGAGCGAGAGCGACUCCAGCCCGCGGCAGGGUGGGGACCACAGCUGCUGCGACGCCUCCUGCUGCAGCCCCUCCUGCUACAGCAGCUCCUGCUACAGCAGCUCCUGCUACAGCGCCUCCUGCUACAGCCCCUCCUGCUACAACGGCAGCAGGUUCGCCAGCCACACCCGCUUCUCCUCUGUGGACAGUGCCAAGAUCUCCGAGAGCACGGUCUUCUCCUCGCAGGACGACGAGGAGGAGGAGAACAGCGCCUUCGAGUCAGUGCCCGACUCCGUGCAGAGCCCGGAGCUGGACCCGGAGUCGGUGAACGGCGCGGGGCCGUGGCAAGACGAGCUGGCCGCCCCCGAUGGGAGCGUGGCCAGAACCGUGGAAGGCCUGGAGUCCCCCGUGGCAGGGCCGAGCAGUCGGAGAGAAGGUGAAUGUCCUACACUCCAUAAUUCCCAGCCAGUAAGCCAGCUUCCUUCCUUGAGGCCUGAACAUCAUCACUACCCAACAAUCGAUGAGCCUCUUCCACCAAACUGGGAAGCUCGCAUUGACAGCCACGGGCGGGUCUUUUAUGUGGACCACGUGAACCGCACGACCACCUGGCAGCGUCCCACAGCAGCAGCCACCCCCGACGGGAUGCGGAGGUCUGGAUCCAUCCAGCAGAUGGAGCAGCUCAACAGGCGGUAUCAAAAUAUUCAGCGAACCAUUGCUACAGAGAGGCCUGAAGAAGAUUCUGGUAGCCAAAUUUGUGAGCCAGUUCCAGCAGGAGGUGGUGGAGGAGGUGGCGGGAGUGACUCAGAGGCUGAAUCUUCGAGCUUAGAUCUGAGAAGAGAUGGGUCACUUUCUCCAGUGAAUUCACAAAAAAUCACCUUGCUGCUACAGUCUCCAGCGGUCAAAUUCAUCACCAACCCUGAGUUCUUCACUGUACUGCACGCCAAUUAUAGUGCCUACCGAGUGUUCACCAGUAGCACCUGCUUGAAGCACAUGAUCCUCAAAGUCCGGCGGGAUGCGCGCAACUUCGAACGCUACCAGCACAACCGAGACCUGGUGAAUUUCAUCAACAUGUUCGCGGACACACGGCUGGAAUUGCCUCGGGGCUGGGAGAUCAAAACGGACCAGCAGGGAAAGUCUUUCUUCGUGGACCACAACAGUCGAGCUACCACUUUUAUUGACCCCCGAAUCCCUCUUCAGAACGGUCGUCUUCCCAACCAUCUGACUCAUCGACAGCAUCUCCAGAGGCUCCGAAGUUACAGUGCUGGAGAGGCCUCAGAAGUCUCUAGAAACAGAGGAGCCUCUUUACUGGCCAGGCCAGGACACAGCCUAGUAGCUGCUAUUCGAAGCCAACACCAACAUGAGUCAUUGCCACUGGCAUAUAACGACAAGAUUGUGGCAUUUCUUCGCCAGCCAAACAUUUUUGAAAUGCUGCAAGAGCGCCAGCCAAGCUUGGCAAGAAACCACACACUCAGGGAGAAAAUCCAUUACAUUCGGACUGAGGGUAAUCAUGGGCUUGAAAAGUUGUCCUGUGAUGCAGAUCUAGUCAUUUUGCUGAGUCUCUUUGAAGAAGAGAUUAUGUCCUAUGUCCCCCUGCAGGCUGCCUUCCACCCUGGGUACAGCUUCUCUCCCCGCUGUUCACCCUGCUCCUCACCUCAGAACUCCCCAGGUUUACAGAGAGCCAGUGCAAGAGCCCCUUCACCCUAUAGGAGAGACUUUGAGGCCAAGCUCCGCAAUUUCUACCGAAAACUGGAAGCCAAAGGAUUUGGUCAGGGUCCAGGGAAAAUUAAGCUCAUCAUUCGUCGAGACCACCUGUUGGAGGGAACCUUCAAUCAGGUGAUGGCCUAUUCCCGGAAGGAGCUCCAGCGAAACAAGCUCUACAUCACCUUUGUUGGAGAGGAGGGCCUGGACUACAGUGGUCCUUCGAGAGAAUUCUUCUUCCUUCUGUCUCAGGAGCUCUUUAACCCUUACUACGGACUCUUCGAGUACUCUGCCAAUGACACCUACACCGUGCAGAUCAGCCCCAUGUCUGCCUUUGUAGAAAACCAUCUCGAAUGGUUCAGGUUCAGUGGGAGAAUCCUAGGCCUGGCUCUGAUCCACCAGUACCUUCUGGAUGCUUUCUUCACAAGACCCUUCUAUAAGGCGCUCCUGAGACUGCCCUGUGAUUUGAGUGACCUGGAAUAUCUAGAUGAGGAAUUCCACCAGAGCUUACAAUGGAUGAAGGACAACAAUAUCACAGACAUCCUCGACCUCACGUUCACGGUUAAUGAAGAGGUUUUUGGCCAGGUAACGGAGAGGGAGUUAAAAUCUGGAGGUGCCAACACGCAGGUCACCGAGAAGAACAAGAAGGAGUACAUCGAGAGGAUGGUGAGGUGGCGGGUGGAGCGCGGCGUGGUGCAGCAGACCGAGGCACUGGUCCGGGGCUUCUACGAGGUGGUGGACUCAAGGCUGGUCUCCGUGUUCGAUGCCAGGGAGCUGGAGCUGGUGAUCGCUGGCACGGCGGAGAUCGACCUGGCCGACUGGAGGAACAACGCCGAGUACCGGGGAGGUUAUCAUGAUGGGCAUCUCGUGAUCCGCUGGUUCUGGGCUGCGGUGGAGCGUUUCAACAACGAGCAGAGACUCAGAUUACUGCAGUUCGUCACAGGAACAUCAAGUGUGCCCUACGAAGGCUUCGCAGCCCUGCGAGGAAGCAAUGGGCUUCGGCGUUUCUGCAUAGAGAAAUGGGGGAAAAUUACAUCUCUCCCCAGGGCACACACAUGCUUCAAUCGGCUGGAUCUCCCGCCUUAUCCCUCGUACUCCAUGCUGUAUGAGAAGCUGUUAACGGCAGUAGAGGAAACCAGCACCUUCGGACUUGAAUGAGAAACUGGCCGCUCCCCUGACGUUUUCCUGGCCAGCGACCUCAUCCUUUCCCUUUCCCCGAGUCCACUCUCCUUUGAUUUUGGUAUUCUGUGAUUUUCCUUUUCAAACCAAAUCAGGAUUGACGAGCUGUGCAUGAAGAAUUGCCUUCUUCUAAGAUCUAACCUUCAGGCUUAUCUCCUCUACUUUCAAUGAACUGCUAGCCUGUAUGCAAUAUUUAAAAAAACAGCUGUCUCAAGGUCUGUGUAUAUCUCCACAUACCUCCAUUACUAACAAUGAAAUAUGAAUGCAAGUUAUGCUACACUUGACCAAAUGGUAAUAAAUGUUUACUUCCAUUUCUAUGAUUUAAGGGGAAAUUUGAGCAUUAAGCAUUCCAAGCUUUUCUAUACCCAUGUCUUCUGAGCAGAACCACCAUUUUUUUUUUUUUUUUUAAUAAUUUCUAACAACCAACUUCAGAAUAGGAGCUGAUCAACUCUUUCUUUUCUUCCCAUUCUACUUUUCCCUGGGCAUCCAAUCCAUCCAAAAACAGCAAUGGCUAAACCGAAAUUUUGAUAUAUUCAACUCAUGAUUUGUAUGUGUCAUUGGCCCCAUCAGCUGGAACUAGCCUAGACAUAUGGUGCAAAUAUCACACUUUCCAACCAACAAUAACAGCAAGAAAAACACCUCCUGCUGAUGCAAUGCAGGGCAUCCCAAUGGUUGUGGGGAUUAUGGUUCGACUUGAGUUCAGAGAAGUCUGGGGGUGGGGACACACCCCCUGUGAGCACCCACCACCCAAGAAGCACAAACUUGUGCACACGUCCAAGAAGGAGAUCGCAUUAUAUAGCAUAAACAACAAGGCUUCUACCCCCAUGAUGUUGUAGAGAAGUGUUGAAGCAAACAGGAGAAAGGGGGAAAGGACAUCAGGACGAUUUAGAAGGACAUAUUCAGUUGCUCUGAAUACCUGGGUUCUGUACAGUUUUAUUUUGCUUUGUUUGAUCACAGGUCUCUUUCCCAAAGGAAAAAAAAUGUCCUGAUAAUCUCAUGACUUCUGUUCAAGCCAAAUAAUUACUUGUUUGGCAAACAGACUUUUAUUUCAACUUUGAUAACAUUUUUAUUUUUCAUGUUUACUUUUCAGUUUUCCUUCACCAUGGUGUUCAAAUUCCUUCACAUAUGAUUGUCCACAGGGACCACACUAAAUCAGAAGCUGCAGAGAGCGAUGGUGCUUGUUAGGGAUCAAGGGCAAAAUAAUACAUCUCCUUCCUCCAUAGCAAUCCUCCUGGAGCAGAGACCUAACCCCCCAAAGGCACACCGAUUUGUGUCAAAUAGGGAUCCAGUUUCUUUUAGCAUUCAGUAAAGAGAUGUCUCAGUAAAUGUGGUGUUUCAGAGUAACAGUUGCAGGCUCCAGAAACAGCCUGACCUCUUGAUUAAGUUUGGAAGAAACCCAAACAUGAUGGUCAUUUGCUAUUUUUCUAAUGUUGUUAUCCAUGUCCUCUGAAAUAUGUUGUAAAAGAAAGUGUUUUUCUUCACUGGGAAAAGAAAUGUUGAAAUGUUACAUUGUUGUCCUUCAAUAUAUAUUAAACAAGGGGAAAAUGUGAGAAA